AGGCGGACUGCUGACCUCAGAGCAGCACCUAAGAGAAGGUGUCCCUGUGGAGAAGCAAGAAGCUGACCACACAGGGCUGCCUGUGUCCUGACAGAUGGCAGAGGCAGAAGCAGCACAGCUGAAGGAAGAAGGGAACCGGCACUUCCAGCUCCAGGACUACAAAGCAGCGACCAAGAGCUACAGCCAGGCCCUGAAACUGACCAAGGACAAGGCCCUGCUGGCCACACUCUACCGGAACCGAGCAGCCUGCGGCCUGAAAAUGGAGAGCUAUGCCCAGGCAGCUUCAGAUGCUUCGAGAGCCAUUGAUAUUAACUCCUCCGACAUCAAGGCUUUAUAUCGGCGAUGCCAGGCACUGGAGCACUUGGGCAAGUUGGACCAGGCCUUUAAGGAUGUGCAGCGGUGUGCCACCCUUGAGCCUCGGAACCAGAACUUCCAGGAGACACUGAGGAGGCUCAACACCAGCAUCCAGGAGAAGCUCCGUGUGCAGUUUUCCACAGACUCCAGGGUACAGACAAUGUUUGAGAUCCUCCUGGACGAAAACAGCGAGACUGAUAAGCGGGAAAAGGCUGCCAACAACCUCAUUGUCUUGGGCCGUGAGGAAGCAGGGGCCGAGAGGAUCUUCCAGAGCAACGGGGUGGGCCUGCUGCUGCAGCUUAUGGACACUAAGCGGCCUGAGCUGGUGCUGGCUGCUGUGCGGACCCUGUCGGGCAUGAGCAGUGGCCACCGAGCUAGGGCAACCGUCAUCUUGCAUGCAGUCCGCAUAGACCGAAUCUGCAGCCUCAUGGCAGCAGAGAAUGAAGAGAUGUCUCUGGCUGUCUGCAACCUGCUCCAGGCCAUCAUUGACUCCCUGUCUGGGGAGGACAAGCGGGAACAUCGGGGAAAGGAAGAGGCCCUGGUUCUAGACACCAAGAAGGACCUGAAGCAGAUCACCAGUCACCUGCUCGACAUGCUGGUCAGUAAGAAGGUGUCUGGUCAGGGCAGAGACCAGGCGCUAAACCUGCUCAAUAAGAAUGUCCCCAGGAAGGACCUGUCCAUUCAUGACAACUCACGUACCAUCUAUGUGGUGGAUAAUGGCCUGAGGAAGAUCCUGAAGGUCGUGGGGCAGGUUCCAGACCUGCCCUCCUGCCUGCCACUGACUGACAACACCCGCAUGCUGGCCUCUAUCCUCAUCAACAAGCUCUACGAUGACCUGCGCUGUGAUCCAGAGCGCGACCACUUCCGCAAGAUCUGCGAGGAGUACAUCACGGGCAAGUUUGACCCCCAGGACAUGGACAAGAAUGUGAAUGCCAUCCAGACAGUGUCAGGGAUCCUGCAGGGGCCCUUCGAUCUGGGCAAUCAGCUGCUGGGCAUGAAAGGUGUGAUGGAAAUGAUGGUGGCAUUGUGUGGCUCGGAGCGUGAGGCAGACCAGCUGGUGGCCGUGGAGGCCCUCAUCCAUGCCUCUACCAAGCUCAGCCGGGCCACCUUCAUCAUCACCAAUGGAGCGUCACUGCUCAAACAGAUCUACAAAACCACCAAGAACGAGAAGAUCAAGAUCCGUACACUGGUGGGGCUCUGUAAGCUUGGCUCCGCUGGUGGCACAGACUAUGGCCUCAGGCAGUUUGCUGAAGGGUCAACAGAGAAGCUGGCCAAGCAGUGUCGCAAGUGGCUGUGUAACACAGCCAUAGACACCCGGACGCGGCGCUGGGCAGUGGAGGGACUGGCCUACCUCACGCUGGACGCAGAUGUGAAGGAUGACUUUGUCCAGGACGUUCCUGCUUUGCAUGCCAUGUUUGAUCUGGCCAAGACCAGUGACAAGACCAUCCUGUACUCUGUGGCCACCACCCUGGUGAACUGCACCAACAGCUACGAUGUCAAGGAGGUCAUCCCUGAGCUGGUGCAGCUCGCCAAGUUCUCCAAGCAGCAUGUGCCGGAGGAGCACCCCAAGGACAAGAAGGACUUUGUAGACUUGAGGGUGAAGCGUCUACUGAAGGCAGGUGUCAUCUCGGCGCUGGCCUGCAUGGUGAAGGCGGACAGUGCUAUCCUCACAGACCAGACCAAGGAGCUGCUGGCCAGGGUGUUCCUGGCACUGUGUGACAACCCAAAAGACCGAGGCACCAUCGUGGCUCAAGGUGGUGGCAAGGCCCUGAUCCCCCUGGCUUUGGAAGGCACAGAUGUGGGCAAGGUGAAGGCAGCCCACGGGCUAGCCAAGAUCGCUGCCAUCUCCAAUCCGGACAUUGCCUUCCCUGGGGAGCGGGUGUAUGAAGUCGUGCGACCACUUGUGAGUCUCCUGGACACACAGAGGGAUGGGCUUCAGAACUACGAGGCUCUCCUAGGCCUCACUAACCUGUCUGGACGAAGUGACAAGCUCAGGCAGAAGAUCUUCAAGGAAAAGGCCUUGCCAGACAUUGAGAACUAUAUGUUUGAAAAUCAUGACCAGCUGCGACAGGCAGCCACUGAAUGCAUGUGUAACAUGGUGAUCAACAAGGAGGUUCAGGAGAGAUUCCUGGCUGAUGGGAAUGACCGUCUGAAGCUGGUGGUGCUGCUCUGUGGGGAGGAUGAUGACAAGUUGCAGAACGCAGCAGCUGGGGCUCUGGCCAUGUUGACGGCAGCACAUAAGAAACUGUGCCUCAAGAUGACACAGGUGACAUCUCAGUGGCUGGAGAUCCUGCAGCGGCUUUGCCUGCAUGACCAGCUGUCAGUGCAACAUCGGGGCUUGGUCAUCGCCUACAACCUGCUGUCAGCUGAUGCUGAGCUGGCCAAGAAGCUGGUAGAGAGUGAGCUGCUGGAGAUCCUGACUGUGGUGGGAAAGCAGGAGCCAGAUGAGAAAAAGGCGGCUGUGGUUCAGACAGCUCGAGAAUGUCUCAUCAAGUGCAUGGAUUAUGGCUUCAUCAAGCCAGUGUCAUAGAGAGGGGUCCAUACGGGGUGCUGGGACUGGUCUUCACCGAGCAGAGUCCUGAGCUGGGUACUCCUGAAGUGUCAGUUUAUCUAGGGAUCAGAGCAAUAGCAGUGAAGUCUCAUUACAGAGGAAAGAAAGACUUGGUUGUCUCCUGAAUUGUGAAAAUUCCCUUUGGUCCUGGGAAAGUCUGAGUAUUUCAAUGACUGUCUUACUCCCUUCCUCCUCAAGUUUGUCAUGUUCCAGAAAUUCCCAGAGUCAUUUACAUCUGUGAUUAGAAGACAGGAUGGACAAUUCUGUCUGUCUGUAUUCAGAAUGAUGGGCUGAUGUUCUUUAUAUUUUGUAAAACAGACUGUGUAGUGGUAAGGUCAGAGCUAACAGCCAUAAAGGUCAGAGCUAAUGUGACUGUAAGGGUCAAUGCUGUUGUUGAAUUCAGAUGCUGAUAUUUCUGAUUUUCAUGUCUUCUUCCUCGUAUAUUGGAACCAUGCGUCUCAGCUGUAAGCGUCCUGUCCCAGUCCCAUACCCACUCCCAUCACCCAAUUGUGAUGGAAACAUAGUUUGUGUUCACACUAUGACAUGACCUCUUCAAUUUGCUUGAGAACGUUUUCUAAGCAAGAUGGACAUGAUUAAUAUAAGACCAACUCAAAGUUCUUCAAGAAAAAAAUUAAAUAAUUCAUCAAUAUAUGUUGGUCACUCAAGGAAAGGUCUGGCAUUGUUAGACCCAGUGGUUCAAUGUCAUCAUCAAUA